AUGAGCGCGCUCUCGCCGCCGCCGCUGCCGCGCGCCGCCGGCGGCGCAGGCGGCGGCGCCGGCGCGCCGCCGCCGCCGAGCCCGGGCGGGGCGCUCGACCUGGAGAGCGGCCUCGACAUCUCCGCGCUAAUCCACCAGCUCUCCCUCAAGAAAGAUGAGGGCAUGGUCGAUGAUAAGCUGAUCAGAGAUCUCCAGAUCAUCCAGAACCUCAUCGGCGCCCUCAAGGCGCCCGCCUGCACGCCGCCGCCGAGCGGCGGCGGCCCGGGCAUCCCCGCCGGCGGCCUCGGCAGCGCCGCCGGCGGCGGGCAGGGCCUGCCUGGGCUGCGCGGGCCGGGCGGCGUGAGGCGAUCGUUCAGCUACAGCCCCGGCGGCUCGUGCCAGCUGCAGCCGUCUUACUCGCUGCCGCACUGA